GAUCACUUUAAUAUAUAUUUUUUCGAGGGUCUGGUGGAUAGUAAGCCCUAAUUCCUGAAUCCCGAUUCUUCGACACUUCACACCAACGGAUAAACUACUGUUUUGCCUGAUAAUGGAGAGAAUUAAAAGGAGGAAUGUCAGUUGGGCUGAGGAAGAUUGGAUCAGUCAAUUGCCAGAACACUUGAUAGACUCGAUUUUAGAGCGGCUCCCGAUUGAAGAUGCUGUAAGGACAAGCAUUUUAUCAAAAAUUUGGAGGCACAGAUGGACCACAAUGAGGGCACUUGUUUUUGAUCCGAAGUUUUCUAGAAAGUUUGCAAAAAAUGGAGCUUUUGGUCGUAAUGGGUUUAUAAGGAUCAUAAACAAAGUCUUGAUCCUUCACAAGGGUCCGAUCUUGAAAUUUGCUCUUUAUAUACCAAAUGUGUUUCUUGAUAGCUUCCAAGAAGUCGACCAAUUCAUGCUACUCCUAUCAAGAAACAGUCUCACGGAACUCAUCAUUAUUAAUACAAAUCAACGUUAUGAACUUCCUUCUUGUGUGUUUUCUUGUCUAGAAUUGAGAAGUUUGAAAACGACAAACGGUUUCUUCAAUCCACCACGUGAGUUUGAAGGAUUUCUCAAUCUUGAAGAACUUAGUCUCAAGCAUAUUGAUUUUGGGGAUAGGUUGUGUGGAACUAGGAUCAACCUACCACGGCUUAAGACGUUGACCCUGAAUACGUGUACAAAUGUUUACAAUUUCAACAUUAAGGCUACAAAACUGCAGAAUUUAUUUGUCAUUGCUUGUCCUGAUGCAAUGUUGCUUCGGUUAUUAGAAAGUCGAUGCCUUUUUCAGGUUUGGAUUGCUUUCGAGAAACCCAUACAAGAUUUUGUAGGAGUUGAAAAAAUGACUUUGGCUAAAAUGUUGAGUAACUUUCCGAGAGUUAGACAGUUUUAUAUCGACAGUUAUUUUCUUAAGUUUUUUAUUGCAGAAAAAAUUCCAAAAUUGCUUCCACAUACAAUUUAUAGUUUAAAGCAAUUGCGGUUGUUCCAUUAUCAACUUGCUGAUUUGCAUCAACUUCAUGGUGCUCUUUGUUUGCUUCGGAACUCACCAAAUCUUGAAACAUUGCAUAUAUUCAUGGCAAUGGAGACUUGGGUUGAUGUGGGAGCAGCUUCAAAUCAUUUGGAAUCCCCAAACUGCUUGGAUUGUACAUUGGAACAGUUGCAAACUGUUGAGAUGACAUAUUUAGAAGGAUCGAAACCGGAACUGCUUUUUAUAAAACUUAUUCUUGCUCAUUCCCCUUCUCUCCAGAAGUUUACAAUUACACCAAGUAAAGCUUCUGAUGUUCAAAAAAGACUUGACAUUGCGAUGGAUAUUAUGCAGUUCCCUAGAGCCUCAACAAAAGCAAAAAUGUUCUACUUGAAUCCCAAGCCAUAAUCAUGUAGGUGAUAAUGUUCAAUCACAUUGCAAUUUUUUUGGGGUGCCAUUACUGAUUUUUUGUAUUUAUUUUUACAUCACGUGAUCAAGUACAAUUUUAAAGUAGAUGAACAACAAAUCAAAAUCAAUUUACGAAAAUGUUGACAGAUACCUACAACCGAAAUCAAGACUUCAUCGAAGUAAAAUACGAGAUUUAUGUAGAAUGAUAAAAAAUUACCAUUUUAACGUUUUGUAUUUUUUUUUCCUGCUAAAUGAAAUGUUCCC